GACAGUUCGUAGAUUUAUUACCGUACAUUUAGGAUUUGUGUGUGUUUCUUGUUGAAACAAGACAAGAGCCUGCAGCGUGCAUUCACGUCAUGAUUACACUAGCAAAGAUAUCCAAGCUGUUUGGUGGCCUUUCAAUGUGGCGCUAGUAGCUGGUCGGGAAAGUUAGCAAAACGUCAAACCUUCGACUCCGGUGUGCCGCUCAGCGGACAGCCAUGUUACUGCAACUACAGUAAACUAAUGAAGCACACGCAAUACGUGCUUUGAGUUUGAAUGAGCAUUGCAAGGCAGGUUCGAUUCUGCUCCAGAUUUGCAUUUCAUCCCGCGAGCAACUCCUGUAGAAGGUUUUGUAUUUCCCACCAGAUGAUGGCGUCUAAACACAGCAACUCCAAGAGGAUUGAAGGACUGGACAAGAAUGUCUGGGUGGCGUUUACCUCUGUGGCGGCGGAUCCCUCCAUCGUCAAUCUGGGUCAAGGCUACCCGGAUAUUUCGCUGCCGCCCUACAUCAAGGAGGCGCUGGUGGAGGCGGUGUCGGUGGACAAGAUGAACCAGUACACAAGAGGCUUUGGACACCCAGCUUUGGUGAAGGCACUCUCUCAGGUUUAUGGGAAAGUAUACGAGCGCCAAAUUGAUCCGUUCAAAGAAAUUUUGGUCACAGUUGGAGGCUACGGCUCUUUGUUCAGCACCAUGCAGGGUUUAGUGGAGGAGGGAGACGAGGUUAUCAUAAUAGAACCUUUCUUUGAUUGCUACGUGCCCAUGGUCCGCAUGGCGGGGGCUAAACCCGUACUCAUAUCACUACAUCCUAAAUCGGACAAGAAAACCACCUCCAGCGCCGACUGGUCCCUCGACAAGGAGGAGCUUUCCGGUAAAUUCACCUCCAAGACAAAAGCCAUCAUCAUCAACACCCCGCACAACCCCAUUGGAAAGGUUUUCACCAGAGAAGAGCUGCAGAUGAUUGCUGAUCUGUGCGUGAAACAUGACACGCUGUGUUUCAGUGAUGAGGUCUACGAGUGGAUGGUCUACCAAGGAUGCCAGCAUCUUAAGAUUGCUACUUUACCUGGCAUGUGGGAUCGAACCAUCACCAUCGGCAGCGCAGGAAAGACAUUCAGCGUCACCGGAUGGAAGCUGGGUUGGUCCAUCGGACCAGAGCACCUGAUCAGGCAUCUUCAGACUGUGAUGCAGAAUACACUGUACACCUGCCCAACACCUCUACAGGAGGCCGUGGCGCAGAGUUUGCUACGGAACUACGAGAUAAUGGGCCAGCCUGAGUGCUACUUCACCUCCCUGGCUGAAGAGCUACAAGGGAAAAGGGACCGCCUGGCCGCCAUUCUGCAGGAGGCCGGGCUGUCACCCAUCGUCCCCGAGGGAGGUUACUUCAUGCUGGCGGAUGUGACGGCGCUCGACCAGAACCUGUCACACAUGGGCAACGACGAGGCCUACGACUACAAGUUUGUCAAGUGGAUGAUUCAAGAAAAGAAACUGGCAGCCAUUCCUGUCACGGCGUUUGUGGGGGAGGAAUCCACAAAGGCAUUUGAGAAAUACAUCCGUCUGUGCUUCAUCAAGAGAGACAGCACUCUGGAUGCAGCAGAGAUCAUCCUGAAGAAGUGGAAGGACAGUUCUGCCGGAAACUGAAGGCAUAGUUUUUGUUGUUUUGUUUUUUUAACCUUGCCGUGGAUGUAACACGUUCCUAGAAAAGUGAAUGGAUUUCCUCAAGGUUUGGUUCUUUGCCCAAUCCUACUUUCUAUCUAUCUAUACACACUUAUAUGUAGAUAAGCAGCCAUGGUUAAGUACUUGUAAAAGUCAUUCAGUACCACAUGACAGAAUUUUCUACUGAGUUUUUUUUUACUGUCCUGCUCCUCCAAACAACUUUAAGAAACCCAUUUUAUCAUUCUAGAAAGCCUUUUGCGGAUUGUGAAGUCAGUUGGGGCUGGAAAUUUCUCCAUUGGGUUGUUUGAACCGUCAAGUCACAGGCUGUAAGAACCUGUCGCACCACUAGAGGGAGACAAAGCACAACAUAAUGACAAGCAGAAUGACAUCCAAUUCCUUAUUUAGAUAUGUGUUUUAAAUCAAUGAACUAAUUUAGCACUUACAACAUUCAUUCAUUUUCUACCGCUUAUCCUCACGAGGGUCGUGGGGGUGCUGGAGCCGAUCCCAGCUGUCUACAGGUGAGAGGCUGGGUACACCCUGGACUGGUCGCCACUGCUACCAGUCCAGGAAUGAUUUUUCAACUUUUUUUUUUUUUACCAGUUUGAUUUUUCACAGGUUUCCUGUGAAAAUCCUCAGUUUUUGUCACAUUUGAAAAUGGGUUUAGCUUUGAACUCGGGGUGCGUUCACACUCGUCGUGGUCCGUUUUAAAAGGACUAGAGUCCAUGGUUCAUUUGGUGAUCGCAGUCCUGGACCAAACAGAUCCAUUCAUCUAUUUUCUACACCAAUUAUCCUCAUUAGGGGGUACACCCUGGACUGGUGGCCAGCCAAUCACACGGCACAUAUAGACAGACAACCAUUCACACUCACAUUCAUACCUAUGAACAAUUUGGAGUCUCCAAUUAACCUAGCAUGUUUUUGGAAUGUGGGAGGAAACCGGAGUACCCGGAGAAAACCCACGCAUGCACGGGGAGAACAUGCAAACUCCACACAGAGAUGACUGAGGGUGGAAUUGAACCCUCAGUUUGAGUAAAUUGAGUAUUUAAACCCGGGCAGUAUGCUAACCAAACAGAAAAGCUAACAAUGCUAAUGGCUAGCAACCUGCAUGGAUACUGAGUAGCUUCAGCUGCUAAAGUGCUAAACGUCAAUGUGAUAAGAAAAAUGCCUGAUAUAGAGUUUGGUUCCGUGCUGUAUCAAGAAAGUACAAAGUGCUAAGGCAGUUCUUUUAUUCAUCAUGUGAAUAUUUGCAUUUUGACAGAAGUGUGAGGAAUAAUAAGAUGGACAGCAUUACUACCGUAUAUGCCUCAGCGCAGCGUCAGAAAUUGCUACUGCUUCACAUGCAGGCCCAUAAUUAAAGAAAGAACUACCACAUUCUAAUCUCUUCUGCAUCUAAUGUAAACAUUCAAAGCUUUAUUGGAGCAGCAGGUACACUGGACUGUGAGCACGCUACAAGCGAGGGUGGACUUGUGGUCAAACAUACGGUAGAUCAGUGGUUCCUGAACACGUCACUCUUCACUGUUCAUGGACAAUUUGCAGUCAUUUUAGUCAAAAUAGAAAGAGUAAUAAGAAAAAGUAAUUUUACAGAUAUAACAAAUAUGACAAAAAAUCUGAUUUAGUAGCAUAACAUUGAAAUAUAAAAAAGAGUUGAAAUAUAAUAAAAAAUAAAAUUGUAUUUUUUGGAAAAUGUUAGGGAAUUUCAUUCAUUCAUUCAUUUUCUACCGCUUUCCCUCACGAGGGUCGCGGGGGGUGCUGGAGCCUAUCCCAGCUGUCUUCGGGCGUAAGGCGGGGUACACCCUGGACUGGUCGCCAGCCAAUCACAGGGCACACAUAGACAAACAACCAUUCACACUCACAUUCAUACCUAUGGACAAUUUGGAGUCGCCAAUUAACCUAGCAUGUUUUUGGAAUGUGGGAGGAAACCGGAGUACCCGGAGAAAACCCACGCAUGCACGGGGAGAACAUGCAAACUCCACACAGAGAUGCCCGAGGGUGAAAUUGAACCCUCGUCUCCUAGCUGUGAGGUCUGUGCGCUAACCCCUAGACCACCGUGCCGCCCUGUUAGGGAAUUUAAUAUAUUUAAAAUAUUUAUAUAUUUUUUAAUUUAUAUAUAUUUUUAAUAUUUAAAAUAUGGGAAUAAAGUCAAAAUAUUAUGGGAUAAUGUCAUAUUACAAGAAAAGAGUUGAAAUACUUGAAAACUACAAAGAGCAGAAAUAGAAAAAAAUGCUGUAAUUUUAUCAGAAAAAAUAUUAAGAGAAAAAAAUAAGCUGCGAUUUGUUGACGAUCCACUUGUUAUAUUAUGAUGAAAACUAAUGUCAUUUUAGUAACAGAGUUGAAAAAUAAUUUUUUGAAAAUUAGGUUGGAGGAAAAUGUUAUUAUAUGGGAAUCAAGCCUGUUACCCUAGUGAGGAUAUAGUAGUAUAGAAAAUGGAUGGAUGGAUAUCUGCUUUACAAAAAAUGUGUCCCUUUCAUCCUUCAUUUUUUUAGUGUGUGUCGCUCACUGGAACAGAUUUGGACACCCUUGCUGUAGAUGAUGUCGUGGAUGAAAACAUGCAGGUGGACUAUUUAUUAAAUCAUUUCUGUUUGUGCGUGUUAAUGUCAUGUCAGCCUCUUCUUCAACAUGUGGCAUUAAUGAGGUUACACGGCUGUCAUUUUGCUUUUUAUUACGUCAAAACGUGAAAUCUGCUUUAAUCCGUGUGGCAGAUGCCCCCUCCUGUUUAUGAACAACAAAAAAAAAAAAAUAAUAAAAUGUAUGUGACCGCGACGGUUUGACACUUCUCAUGCAGGCCAUGUCCAGUUGGAGCGUACACAUUUCUAUGCAAAUGAUUUGCGUUGCAUCAUCAGGCCUGAUUGCCUGCUUGUCGUACUUAACGUGAAGACAUCGUGUGAACCAGCGUCAUACUUCCUGUUUACUGUCUGAACCCUGACCUGCAGUCGUCCGUCAGCACUAUACAGUGAGCGCUCCAUUAUAGAUUAACAAAACUUAAAACUGUGAAUGUGGCUCAACCUCUUCAAUGAUCAACCACUUCAAUUAUGUCAAUUUGUACUUUUGCUGAACUUGAUGGCCUGACACGACCACUGCAUUUAUGGACGUUAUGAUUAAUAACUCCUGGGAAGAACAGUCCUUUUCAUGUCUACAAUUCGCAUGUGUUUGCUUAAGCUCGACUGAGCGUACCUUGAAUUUAAAGUAUGGAAUUUGUAGCCUGUUUGGUUCAAGCCUGUCCCAGCUUCACGCCUGACCCCCCCCACCUAGCCCCCUCACUCCCUUCCUGGGUUAGGAGUGGCAUUGGACAACGUCCUUCACCCCUCUCACCUUCUAGGCUGACAGUGUCAUUCGCGCUGACCCCCAGGGGGUCCCGUCUCCUUCGCCUCGUUCACGGUCCCAGCCAUCAUUCAAAGGGGUCCGCCGGCCACCCACCACCUGUUCUCUUAUCACCCAGCCUCUUUUUGACUUGUGACUUUUGGACAUCUGGGAUCCGUCCUUUGGGAUGGGGGGGGGGUACUGUCAUGAUCCAUGAAUUAGCCAGCGUGGCACUUUGUUUAUGUUCCCUUUUGUGUCUUACUUCCUGUGUUUAGACUCUUAUUUUGUAAUAAUUUCCUGCCUUGUCGUGUUUUGCCGUUCUACAUGCUUUACGUUAAUCACUCGCACCUGUUACUAGUUUUGUCACUUCCCUAUUUAAGUUCAGGUGUGUUAUCUUUGGUUUGUGGAAGCAUUGCUGUUUGUUGUUGUGUUGGAUUCCUGUAGCUGCAUUACAGCCAUUAUUAUUAAAAUAAUCUUUUACCUGCA